UGGAAGCAUGACCAGACACCCGACUUUGUGGAAUUCAUGAAGGAAAACUAUCCACCAAACUUUGAGUAUCAAGACUUUGCUCCAAUGUUCAGGGCGGAGUUCUUUGAUCCUGAUGCAUGGGCUGACCUUUUGACAAAGUCUGGUGCAAGAUAUUAUGUCCUGACCAGUAAACAUCAUGAAGGAUGGACAAAUUGGAGAUCAAAUGUAUCAUGGAACUGGAACUCUGUUGACAAUGGACCUCACAGGGAUCUUGUGGGGGAGCUAGCAACUGCCAUUAGAAGUAAAACCAACAUCACUUUUGGAUUGUAUCAUUCCCUCUUUGAAUGGUUCCAUCCUCUCUAUUUGAAGGAUCGUGCCAAUAACUUUGAGACAAAGGAGUAUGUUAAGGAAGUUCUUAUGCCAGAACUGUAUGACCUGAUCAACACAUAUAAACCUGAAUACUUGUGGUCCGAUGGUUGCAAAGGACCUGACACGUACUGGGGAAGCAGGGAAUUUCUUGCAUGGCUUUAUAAUGAAAGCCCUGUUAAAGACACUAUUGUGACAAAUGAUCGUUGGUGUGACAAUGGAUGCCGCUGCCAUCAUGGUGGUGUACUCACUUGCGGUGAUCGUUACAAUCCAGGUAAACUUCAGAAUCACAAAUGGGAGAAUGCACUAACAGUGGAUAAGGGUUCCUGGGGCUACAGACGUAACAUAGACAUUAACUCAUAUUUGACCAUCAAUAAACUGUUAUAUCAACUGGCUUCUACUGUAAGCUGUGGUGGUAACAUGUUGUUGAAUGUUGGCCCGACAGCAGACGGCCGCAUCAUGCCUGCAUUUGAGGAACGUCUGCUGCAGAUGGGAGAGUGGCUGUCUGUGAAUGGUGAAGCUAUUUACAGCACCAAACCUUGGAGAGCUCAAAAGGACACUGAUAAGAAAAUUGUCUGGUAG